AUGGUGACCAGGCAAGGGGCAACAGACAAGAUGACUUGCUUCAGCAAGGAGGUGGGGAGAAUGUCCAGGGGGCUUGAGGAGGUCUUCAUGCAGCUAACUACCUCUAAAACCUCGUCAAGAGAAACAGGUGAAAAACUGCUCAAUGAAGUGUUCAGAGACAGGAGCAAUCCUCUGGCCUCUGAUGAAUACCUGUGGGAGAGAUACAGAUUUACUAGGCCCAGUAUUGUGUAUAUAUGUAGCCUGCUGGAGGCACACAUUAGAAAGUGCACCCACCGUAACCAGGCAUUAACCACUGUGCAGUCUAUCUGCAUAGGACUGCGUUUCUUUGCCUGUGGGACAUUUUUAUACAGUGUGGGUGAUGCAGAACGUCUGUCAAAGGCAACUGUGUGCAGGGAAAUACGUCGGGUGUACCUUGCCCUCAAGAAUUAUCUUAAUAGUUUUGUCACUUUUCCUGGACAUCUGGAGGCACAGAAGAUCAAGGAGGCAUUUUAUUCAAUUGCAGGCUUCCCUAAUGCCAUAGGUGCCAUAGACUGCACCCAUGUCCGUAUCCAGGCCCCAUCUGGACCUGUGGAGGCAGAUUAUGUGAACAGAAAAUCUUUCCACAGUCUAAAUGUACAGAUGAUCUGCGAUGCAAGUUGCCUGAUAUCCAACAUCGAGGCGAAAUGGCCGGGCUCUGUGCACGAUUCUAGGAUCUUCCGUGCAUCAUCACUGUCCCAGAGGUUUGCACAAGGGGAGUUUAAUGGAGGCCCUCUCUGCAACGGAUGCAGAGAGGGCAUUCAACUGUGCCCACACAAGAACAAGGGCACAGAUAGAAAUGGCAUUGGCCAGCUCAAAUCAAGAUUCCAGUGCCUAAAGAGCCCCAAGGUCACUCCAGACAGGGCCUGUGACAUUAUUAUUGUCUGUGCUGUCUUGCAUAAUAUUGCCUUUAUACGUCGUGAGAGACUGCCCGCAAUGUUGCAGGAGGAGCAUUGGGAGGACAUUGUCCCAGCUAUUCAGGAGAACAUGGAUGGGAGAACAAAUUUCAGAAAGACUGUGCCUAAGUUGUGA